UAUUUCCGCGACACUCUCUCCUCCACCCACCACAGACGGAACAGGUCCGAGCCUUUUCAAAAUGGCUUCCAACGGUGUGGAUGGUGAAACGAACGCCGAUCGUAACGUCGAAAUAUGGAAGAUAAAGAAGCUGAUCAAAAGCCUGGAGGCGGCUAGGGGAAAUGGCACAAGCAUGAUUUCCCUGAUUAUUCCUCCCAAGGAUCAAAUUUCUCGAGUUGCUAAGAUGUUAGCCGAUGAGUUUGGCACAGCUUCUAACAUAAAGAGUCGAGUAAACCGGCUAUCUGUGCUGGGUGCCAUUACAUCAGUACAACAGAGACUAAAGUUAUAUAACAAAGUGCCUCCUAAUGGUUUAGUCAUCUAUUGUGGAACCAUUGUUACAGACGAAGGAAAAGAGAAAAAAGUUAAUAUUGAUUUUGAACCGUUCCGACCUAUAAAUACUUCGCUCUACCUCUGUGACAACAAAUUUCACACGGAAGCUUUAACAGCACUUUUGGCAGAUGAUAAUAAGUUUGGUUUUAUUGUGAUGGAUGGUAACGGAGCCUUAUUUGGAACCUUAUCUGGAAAUACACGAGAAGUACUUCAUAAAUUUACAGUUGAUUUACCAAAGAAACACGGUCGUGGUGGACAAUCAGCAUUGCGGUUCGCUCGAUUACGAAUGGAGAAACGUCACAACUAUGUACGAAAAGUUGCUGAGGUGGCAGUUCAGUUAUUCAUUACCAAUGACAAGCCCAAUAUUUCAGGACUUGUGUUGGCUGGUUCUGCAGAUUUUAAAACGGAACUUAGUCAAUCAGAUAUGUUUGAUCCAAGAUUACAAGGCAAAAUUAUCAAGAUAGUUGAUGUUUCCUAUGGAGGAGAGAAUGGUUUUAAUCAAGCAAUUGAACUAGCAUCAGAUGCUUUAGCGAAUGUUAAAUUUAUUCAAGAAAAGAAAUUGAUAGGCAGGUAUUUUGAUGAGAUAUCUCAGGAUACAGGCAAAUAUUGUUUUGGUGUUGAUGACACCUUAAAAGCUUUAGAAAUGGGUGCUGUUGACAUUCUGAUCGUCUGGGAAAAUCUUGAUAUUACAAGAUAUAUCUUGAAGAACCAUUCCACAGAUGAGGAGAAAAUCUUGCAUUUGAGGCCAGAGCAGGAAAAAGACAAAACACACUUCAUGGAAAAAGAAACGGGAGUUGAGUUGGAAUUAGUGGACCAAAUGCCUCUUCUUGAAUGGUUUGCAAAUAAUUACAAAAACUUUGGUGCCACAUUGGAAAUAAUUACAGACAAGUCCCAGGAAGGUGCACAAUUUGUGAAAGGUUUUGGUGGUAUUGGAGCCAUUUUGCGGUACCAAGUAGACUUCAAUAUUUUGGAGGUACACGAAGAUGGUUAUGACGAAGAUUUUGAUCUUGAAGAUUACUGAAGAUUUAGUUUCAGCAAUGUGUUGUGCUGGUGUCACGUCCACUUGCUGCUUGGCCACAUGUGUUUGCGCAGUUGCUGUGAGAAGUACUACACAGCACAUCUCAAACAUACGACUGUCAGCCCCUAUUUCUUCUUCCUCCUUUCCAAAUCUGUUUAGAUAUCAUCUCUGUCUGGAACAUUUUUCAUUUUCUAACCGCUCUUAUUUUCAACACAGCAGUGGCCGGACAAAAGCUUUGGCUUUAAUGAUACAUGUCACUGAAAAGAUAGCACCCAUAAUGAAAUAUAUUCUUUUCAAUACAAUUAAGUACUGAUUUGGACUAAAUUUCUAUUAUAUAAUGAAUUUAUAUAGUUUAUUUUCAGUUAUUACAUUGUGUUUAUUUUUUUUUUUUCUUUUCUUUUAUCACUUAUGAGAUGCCAAGUAAUAUGUUGGCUUGAAAUUUUUUAUUUCAUACAUAACAAAAAUUUCUUGGCAAGAAUGAAGAAAAAUGAGAAACUGGUCUGAUUUCUGUAAAUGACAUGCUUCUGAUAUGUUUUUGUGUGUGUGCAUGCAUGUGGUCACUGCUUGUUUCCAAACCUUUUCACUCAUUCAUUCUGAUCAUAAAGAAGCUUGAUAUAUAGACAUCCUGAUUUCUUGUUAGAUUUAAAUCUUUUUAAAGCUUAGGAAAAUUGAAAUGAUAUGACCUACAUAUAUAUAUAUGUAUUUUAUAUAAGAUUAAUUUUAUCUUUUAUCAUAGCAGAUGUUUUUUAGGGUUGUUCAUAAGACUGCAAGAUUGUUAUGAAAAGGAAUCAAAUGAUGUUCACUCUGAGUGGGUGUCUGACUUAUAAGUGUAAUAGGCAGUGUACCACUAUGACCUGUUUGUGUCAAGAUUGUUAUUGGCAUCUAGCAAGAGCCAUUUACCAUCCUAAAAUCCAUAUGAAAAUUCCUCUGCAGUUUGUUAGUGACUUUUCCUCAUCUUAAUUUAUUUUAGAAACCUAUCCUGAAGAAUUCUGUAAGUCUUUGAAUUUUUCUGAGAAUGCUUUGCUGCUUUAUUUCAAUUUUGUCUUCCCACAUCUAAACUCUCAGCUGGUUGGCAUUGGCAAGAUGUAGCAGCAGUUGUGUGGUUUACUUUUCAUGCCAAUACAUUUAGAUUGCCUCUGUAGGUUGGUUUUAGGGCAAGUUGGCUUCAACAAGUAUAAGGGAUCAAAAGAAAGUUACUCCCCAUCCACCUUUUUUCAUUAUUAUUAUUAUUUAAAAAGAAAAAAAAUCUUUACUUUCCAGUUCCUUGAAAACUUUUUACCCCUGUUGCUAUUUACCUUGCCCUACUUCUCUCAGACCCCUUUCCCCGUUGCUAACUCCCUUGUUGUUCCACGUUAAUCACCUAUACUUUCUCUCACCUUAUGGGUGCACAGCAGUGAUUUCCAGUAUUUAAAUUUUGCUUGCUGUGAGUAUUUAUCUCACUCACCAGUGACCUUUAUUUUUAAAGGUUAUGGCAAGUAAUUUUAAUGGACAGUCUUGCAGAUCUAGAAAUCUGUUGAAAAAGAUAUGUGGCCAAUAAAAGCAUAAAAUGGUU